UGCCCGCUGUCCAGCCAGACGAUCCAAUGUCUGACCCAGUUGCCCGCGGUCAUACCAGUUGACUCGGAGCCCACUGCCUUGCCAGAUGACGCGGUGCCCGCUGUCGAGCCAAAUGACCUGAUGCCUGGUGACUCCCCCACCCGAUGCCCGCUGUCCAGCCAGACCAUCCAAUGUCCGGCGCCCGCCGCUCCGCUGAGGGCCCGAGACCUGUCGCUCCGCCUGGGGGUCCGGCGCCCGCCACUACGCCUGGGGGCACGAUGCCUGUCGCCCGCCUGGGGGCACGAUGCCUGUCGCCACCCCGCCUGGGGGCCCGAUGCCUGUCGCCCCUCCUGGGGGGGGGCCCGAUGCCUGUCGCCCCGCCUGGGGGCCCGGUGCCUGCUGCUCCGCCCGGGGGCCCGGUUCCUGCUGCUCCGCCCGGGGGCCCCGGGUGCCUGCUGCUCCGCCCGGGGGCCCGGUGCCUGCUGCUCCCGCCCGGGGGCCGGUGCCUGCUGCUCCGCCCGGGGGGCCCGGUGCCUGCCGCCCCGCCCGGGGGCCGGUGCCUGCCGCCCCGCCCGGGGGCCCGGUGCCUGCCGCCCCGCCCGGGGGCCCGGUGCCUGCCGCCCCGCCCGGGGGCCGGUGCCUGCCGCCCCGCCCGGGGGCCCGGUGCCUGUGAUCCGCCGGGGGCCGGUGCCUGCUGCUCCGCCUGGUGGCCCGCUGCCUGCUGCUUCGCCUGGUAAUCCGAUGUGGCCUCUGCCCGGAGUCCUGCCCGAUGUGCCUCUGCCCGGAAUCCUGCCC